AUGAGUGUAGCAACAUUGUAAAAUCAUAUGAAGGAGAGUUAUAACCAAAUAAAAAAGUAAUAGUUUUUGAAAAAGCUGAAGUCCUCCAAAAUAUUUUGAAGGAUUCCUAAGAAGGUUUUGUGGAACCUCAAGUCCUUAAAGUAAGCAGAAAAAUAAGCGUAGAUCUUAUUAGAUUUAAGCAAAGCAUUACAGCACUCUCAUUCAUUAGGCAUAACACAUCGAGAUAUCAGACCAGAGAACAUUUUAAUUGGAUUAGAGAAGCAAGCAAAUUAUGGGAUUUUAACGUUGUUUUUUCUAAGUAUUUGAAAUUUUAGUUAGCAAUAUGAUCAAAUACCGAAUGAAUAUUUGUGAAGAAUCAAAGAAGAAAUUGAGAUGA